CUAAAAAUGGUUCAAAAAGUUGAAUGCAGGAACCACCUUCUAAGAAAUUUCUGCAAUAAAAUUGCAGAUGUUUGUUCCAGAGCUGGAUUUGGCACUAAAGAUUUAAGAAUGAAAGUCAAAUCAAAAAUUUUAAAACUGAGAACUGCUGUCACUGAAGCUAUAAAAUUCCGAAAAAAUGAAGAAGGCUUCGAUCACAGCCAGAAAUCUGUUAAUUUAAAAAAUGAUUUGUUAAAUAUUUUACAACAUGAAUUUGAGGAACAUGAAAAAUGUGUUUUAAAAUAUUUUUGCACCAAAACAACUCCGGACAGUGACAAUUUAAUACCAAAUUUAAAAAAAUGUGGGCGGUAUCAAAAAUUAAUGGAAUUUUGGUGAAUAAUAGCAGUAGUUUAAUUGAAG